GUCCUGCACUUUCAAUACCGCUCUUUUUAUCACUGGCCAUAUUCCAGAAGUCAUUUUUCAAGAUAAAAAGAAUCUCCGGAGGUGGUAAUUCCGGUCUCCUGCAAUCUCCUUUGAAAUAUCCACUUUGAAACGAGCAGUUCAUGGCACGCUCGCAAUUCACCUUCCUCUCCGCACUUAGAAAAGACCAGGAUUUUUAGGAGCUAUUGAAAACAACAAAUUAGUUAAAAAUGCACUACGUAUGUAGCAGCCAGUAUGCUACAAAAAAAAAAAAAACAGAAAGUAGAUUUCAGACUCGGUUAGCAGUUAACACUGGGUUAAACAGUUGAUACUCUCUCUGGCAAGUAUGGCUGCCACCACCCUAUGUCUCGUUCCUCUUCUCUCCACCACCACCCCAGAUAGUGGCGGUGUAACAACCCAGAAACAAUCUGAAUUCAUCACCAAACAAUCUUCUGGAAUUGGGUCAGUUAGAUAUUGUAGAAAUUUUUCCGAGCUCAAGCAAUUACAUGCUCAGGUUGCAAAGAAAGGCCUCCUCAGUCACAACCCCUCCACUCUAACGAAGCUAAUAACUGCAUGCGCCGAAAUAGCCACUCCCGAGAGUUUGAAAUACGCGAAAAAGGCCUUCGACAACGGUGGAACAAGUCCUGAUACUCUUUACCGGUUUAAUUCUUUGAUCAGAGGUCACUCUUUCGCUGGACUUGGUGAUGAGGCUAUUUUGCUUUAUAUUCGAAUGGUGGCCUCAGGUGUCAUGCCUGACAAAUUUACGUUUCCGUUUGUUUUGCGUGCCUGUGCGGAGGUUGCUGCUUUCCAUGAGGGGGUUCAGCUUCAUGGGUCAGUUGUGAAAAUGGGUUUACAAGGAGAUGUGUUUAUACAGAAUUCUCUGAUUCACUUUUACUCUGAAUGUGCCAAAAUUGGUAUUGCGAGGAAGGUGUUUGAUGAAAUGCUCAAAAGAAAUGUUGUGUCGUGGACUAGUUUAAUUUGUGGUUAUGCUCGGAGAGACCAACCAAAAGAGGCUGUUUCUUUGUUUUUUGAAAUGGUUUCAGGGGGUAUUAGACCAAACUCAGUUACGAUGGUGUGUGUGAUUUCGGCUUGUGCAAAGUUAAGAGAUUUGGAUUUUGGCGAGAGGGUUUGUGCUUAUAUAGGGGAGUCAGGCAUAGAAAUUAAAACGGUUUUAGUGAAUGCGCUUGUUGAUAUGUACAUGAAAUGUGGAGCCAUUGAUAAUGCAAAGCGACUCUUUGAUGAGUGCGUUGAUAGAAAUUUGGUAAUGUAUAAUACAAUCUUGUCAAAUUACGUACGGCAGGGUUUGGCAAGACAAGCACUUGCUAUCUUGGAUGAUAUGCUGGAACAAGGACCACAGCCUGACAGGGUUACACUAUUGUCAGCAAUUUCAGCCUCUUCACAAUUGGGCGAUGUUUCCUUUGGAAAGCAGUGCCAUGGUUAUAUUUUAAGGCAUCGGUUAGAAGGCUGGGAUAGUGUUAGUAAUGCCAUUAUUGACAUGUACAUGAAGUGUGGGAAACAAGAAUGGGCUUGUAGAGUUUUUGAUCAGAUGUCAGACAAGACCGUGGUCUCAUGGAACUCGAUGAUUGCAGGUUUUAUUGGAAAUGGUGACAUGGGGUCAGCUUGGGGGUUCUUCAAUGAGAUGCCAGAGAGUGAUCUUGUGUCUUGGAACACCAUUAUUGGUGCUUUGGUACAGGAGAGCUUGUUUGAGGAUGCAAUUAAACUUUUCCGAAUAAUGCAGAGUAAAGGGAUAAAAGCAGACAAGGUAACAAUGGUUAGUGUUGCAUCUGCCUGUGGGUACUUAGGAGCUCUUGAUCUUUCCAAGUGGACCUACACAUAUAUUGAAAGAACUGGAAUUCACUGUGAUAUGCGGCUCAGUACAGCCCUGGUUGAUAUGUUUGCUAGAUGUGGUGAUACUCAAAAUGCAAUGCUAGUGUUUAAUCAAAUGAAGGAGAGAGAUGUUUCUGCUUGGACUGCAGCCAUUGGAGCAAUGACCAUGGAAGGAAAUGGUGAACGAGCUAUAGAGCUUUUCACUGAGAUGCUCAGGCAACGGGUGAAACCUGACGAAGUAGUAUUUGUGGAACUACUGAUGGCAUGCAGCCAUGCAGGAUUAGUGGAACAAGGAAAACAUUUUCUCGGUUCGAUGAAGGAAAUUCAUGGAAUAACCCCUCAAAUUAUCCAUUUUGGAUGCAUGGUUGAUUUACUUGGGCGAGCUGGAUUGUUGAGUGAAGCUCUUGAUUUCAUAAAGGGAAUGCCAAUGGAGCCUAAUGAUAUCAUAUGGGGUGCUCUUUUAGCUGCUUGCCGAACCCACAAAAAUGAAAUGAUGGCAGCAUAUGCAGCUGAGAGGAUAAUUGAAACAGUUGAUGAGAGGAGUGGAAUCCAUGUGCUUCUUUCCAACAUAUAUGCUUUUGCUGGAAAAUGGACUGAUGUUGCCAAGGUGAGGCUACACAUGAAGGAGAAAGGGGUUCGGAAAGUGCCUGGGUCGAGCUCAAUUGAGGUUAACGGAACAAUUCAUGAGUUUACCUCAGGCAAUGAAUCACACCCAGAAAUGGACCAUAUUUCCCCAAUGCUAGAUGAGAUGAACUACAGACUUAGAGAUGCUGGGCAUAUUCCUGAUCUAACAAAUGUAUUGCUGGAUGUUGAUGAGCAUGAGAAAGAAAUGUUACUUGGUCGUCAUAGCGAGAAAUUGGCCAUAGCCUUUGGACUAAUUAGUACAGGUCAAGGUCUGCCCAUACGUGUAGUUAAGAAUCUUCGAAUGUGCUCUGAUUGCCAUUCAUUUGCAAAACUCGUGUCAAAAAUAUAUGGUCGACAAAUUGUUGUGCGAGAUAACAACCGGUUCCAUUUUUUCCAGCAAGGAUUUUGUUCUUGCAACGAUUAUUGGUGAUAUGAACAAGUUUUACAUAUAACAUCAAAAACGAUUCUGCAACAACUGCAUCCUUUAGUACAUUUGUCAUCUCGGGGCAUGAGGUCAAACAGGGAGAGUUUAACUAGAGGAUGAUGAGAUGUUGUUGUCUAUACUUAUUCCGGGAAAUUCUUGGAUUAGACCUGCAGCUGCUCCUGAUUAUAUUUGGCAUACAAAUGCUUCCAAGUGUACCAUUUGGAAUUCUGUAUUGAAGCCUUCUCACUCUCCUCUGUGGAAGCAGUUGUUGAAUAUGAGGAGUCAAAUAUUGCAGCACAUUGAAUUUAGGAGAGUGGUCUCUUCCUUGGGCUCAAGGAAAGAUGCAUUGUUGUCUACACUUAUUCCGGGAAAUUCUUGGAUCAGACCUGCAGCUGCUCCUGAUUAUAUUUGGAAUACAAUCUCUGCUGUUACUAUCACUCCAGGAGAGGAUACUAUUGUUUGGAAGCAUGGUAGAUGUACAUUCACGUCUGUUUGGGAUAAACUCAGAAUCUGCCAUCCUAAGGUUCCUUGGACUACACUGGUUUGGAAUAAAGGAAUACCUAGAGCUGCUGUCACCACUGUGCUUGCCAUCCAUGAUAAACUUCCCUCUAUGGUAAACCUUCAGAAGAGAGGUAGAUAUGUUGUUCCUAUUUGCCACAAUAGUUUUAGAGAUUGACUUAGUUAAUAAUCUUUUUUGGCAAAUGUCCUUCUGCUCAAGAGGUAUGGAUGACUAUCAGGGAUUGCAUUGAAUGGAAUUUAACUGCAGUCUCUUCCUUCGAUCAAGUUGUACAGUAGGGUGUCAAUGUCUUUAAGAAUAACUCUCAAAGGGAUCAGGUAUGCGGGCAAGCCAUUUGGAAUUCGUUCGAUAUUCCUGGGUUCUCUAUAGAUGAUGGGCAUACACUGUAAUUGCUCUUGUUUAAGAGCUUCUUUUCUUUUCUUUUUUUCCAUUUACUGGAAAUGAACAUUUUCCGUUCCAGUGUUGUAAGGUA